AUGACGUCACAGAGGCGCUGCCGUGUUCGAUUUGAGAUGCAGGACUUCGAGGGCAACACAUGCUACGCCGAGUACGACGACUUUAGAGUUGGAGACGAGAAGUCUAAGUAUCGCCUUUACUUAGGACGAUACUCGGGUGACGCUGGUGACAGCAUGUCAACAAUACACAACAACCAGCCCUUUUCUACCGGCGAUAACGAGAGUGACCCUAAGAAGAUGAUUCACUGCGCCCGGGAGUUUCAAGGCGGGUGGUGGUACGGCACCCCUUGUCAUAAGUCUAACCCGAACGGCCCGUACCUGGAUCGUGAAGACUUCACACCCGAGAAGGGAAUCGUGUGGUGUCCACGUGGAAGAGAAACUCAUUGA